AUGGCAGCCGGCAGACGUGUGUUGCUCUGCGCCGACAGAAUCACGAUAGUCAUGGUCGUAAGCGCCGUUCGGAUCCUGUGUGUGCAGGCCCAUCUCCUGCCCAUCGACUCCGUAUCUGCAUCGCUAUCCUGUCGUCGCCGGAGCCUGCACGACACGCACAGGCCAUGA